AUGCAAUUGGAUGAUGUUGUAUCAAGUACUCUAACUGGUCCAAGAGUUGAAGAAGCAAUGUGGAGAUGGCUUGAUCGAUGUAUAUCAGCACAUUCUCGUCGCGAUGAACAAAGUCUUUUUCCGAUUGUUCAAGGUGGUCUUAAUCAACAGUUACGAGAACAAUCUGUUAAAGAAAUAAUAAAACGUAAUUGUCCUGGUUAUGCAAUAGGUGGAUUAAGUGGAGGAGAAGAUAAAGAUGAAUUUUGGCGUAUGGUUACACUUUCAACAGAUUAUUUACCAAAAGAUAAACCAAGAUAUUUAAUGGGUGUUGGUUUUGCAAUUGAUCUUGUUAUAUGUUCAGCUCUUGGUUGUGAUAUGUUUGAUUGUGUUUUUCCAACUCGAACAGCUCGUUUUGGAUGUGCAUUAGUUGAUAAUGGACAAUUAAAUUUAAGUAAACAAAUUUAUGAAAAAGAUCAUCGUUUAAUAGAUGAUAAAUGUAUUUGUCCUAUUUGUCAAUAUGGUUAUACAAGAUCAUAUCUUAAUACAAUUGUUAAUAAAGAAACAACUGCAUGUCAUUUACUUACAAUUCAUAAUGUUGCAUAUCAGAUGAGAUUAAUGUCUCGAAUUCGUCAAUCGAUUAUUGAAGAACGUUUUCCAGAUUUUAUAAAAGAAUUUGUUUCAAAUUAUUAUCAAGAUAAAGAUAUUCCACAAUGGAUUAUUAAUUCAUUAAAAUCAGUUAAUAUUCAGUUAUAA